AUGACAAAGUACAACGUCAAACGUAAGGGUGUGAGUGUUGUAAUAGAGGAGAUAAAGCAAAGGGUUAAGGCUAAGGCUGCAAAAGUGAAGAGGUAUGACGACAGGGUGCAUCACAGUUUAUCUACAGACGAACUGCAACGUUACUUUGGCGUGAACAGUCAUGAGAAGGCUCCUGAGUACGAGAUUGUGUAUCCUGAAUUUCUAACCACUGAUAGCAAGCGUAAUAUCGGCCGUAGUGCAAUCGCCACCUCAUCGUUGGAGCUCCAAAUUGGUGCGUUUGGGCAGACAUUGGAAUUGGCAUUGGAACAAGAUGGCAGCUUUAUCAGACCAGGUCUCGUGGCUGAAUACAUAAGCGAGGAAGGGACCAUCACUGUACCCGUCCGAUCUGACUGUCUGUACACCGGGAAAGUCAAAGGAGAAUCUACGUCACUCGCAUCUGUUAGCGCGUGUGAAGGUUUGAUUGCGAUGAUUAAUCACGCUGAUGGACCCACAUACAUCGAACCACUUGAUGAAGAACAUGCCAUCAAAAGAGACGUAGGGCGUGGUCUUCCACAUAUCGCUUACAAACGAAUGCCGGACACAGGCGCUUCAUGCCCUGUCACAGGAGCUGAUUUUUCCGUCGAAGAUGAUGAUGACGACAAGAUUGAUGAUAUCAGUACAAAGUCAACUAAAUAUCUGGAACUUGGUGUCAUCGGCGACUCUGAGUUGUAUUCACUUCGAGGCGGAAACACCGCCAAUUGUCUGACGGCACUUUUCAAUGCAGCGAAGAACGUGUUGCAACUCAGUUCACUGGAUGCAUCUAAUACCAUGGAACCCAAGCUGGUGACUCUGAAGGUCUUUACGAGUGCUGAGGCUGGUUUGGUGACCUGUCCAGAUGCACUCAAAUCCUUGCAAACUGCACGAAUUUGGCAACAUAACAACAACCCGCCAUCAUCAUCACUAGCACAUUGGGAUAACGCGGCUAUCGUAACUGGAUGGGAACUCGAGUCUGGAUCAACGCUUGGAAUAGCAUAUGUAGGUUCAUGUGGCGGCUACUCUUCGGUAUCGGUCACCUCCCUGCGUACUCUGGCUGCUACCGACGUGCUAGCCCAUGAGAUUGGGCAUAAUUUAAACAUGCAACACGACAGUGACGGAAAUGGAUGUUCAUCCAGUGGAUACGUUAUGGGAGCUUACGUUAAUGACCACCGUGAUGAACCGAGCUGGUCAACGUGCAGUAAGAGCUACUACGACAACUUCGUUGGGAGUCGAACUUGCUACAACGAUUCUUGAUUCACCUGGCGGGAAGCAGUCAGCGAGCAUCAUUGCAAGUGCUACUGUAAAACCAUGAGUUGCAGUCGAUUUGAUGUGAAUGAAAAAACACUUAAGGUCAUCGUUGUUUAAUAAUAAUGUUUUAAAGUUGUGCAUGGUUAGUGUUUAAUUUAGAUGGUUAUUAUGUUUGAAUCGGUGUGGUAGAAGAUUAUGUCCCCAAUGCGGCGAAUCGUGUGGAAAUUUCGUCCGAUAGCGCCCUCUUUUGGCUUAUGAUUGUCAUGAUCUAUACGCAGCUUGGACUGGUCUCCUGUUUAAGGACAGAAUAUUGGUUUUAUACAGAACCGGCGAUAUCAUUGGAUACAACGUACAUGUAUUAUAGUACAUGAACAUCAAUAUAAAUAUGUUUGUAUGUAAACAUGUGUACGUGAAAUUUGACUGCAAAUAAAUGCGAGAUCUAUGGUACUAUCAACCCGUCGGACCUGACCGUCAACAUGGCCGACGUCGGCGCGAGGCAACUCUCUGACGUAAUUCACGAGCCUCGCAGUGUGACGUCAGAUAUUGAGGCUUUACGCAGCAUUGAUGUUAGCCUGAUGUACAUCUGACGCCUACAUAUUGAGGCUCGUGAAUUAAGCCAGAGCCUAUACACAUUCCCGGUCCAUGAUCACUUUUUGGCCUCGCAUUCUUUUCACAAUAUUUCGCAAUCAAACGCUACGUCCAAGUAAUAUAAAUCAAAUGAAUGAGUGUUGCAUGCAGACGGCCGAGAGUGCAUGCAGCUAUCCAAUGAGAUCAUUGAAUCCAAUAAUAUCACUGGUUAUGUAAAACCAAUACAAGUUUUCAUUCUCGCGGAUUAAAGACACGAUACUAGUUUUCAUUGAUUUCCACCGUUGUACCACAUCGGUCGUUUUUACAAACAGCUUCCCACGAUCAACCAAAGAAACCACAGCCCAUGCCACUUUUGUUUACCAUUUAGUACGGACAAUAAAGUUUUACAUAUUGUACAUAAUUUUGAUUUGAUUUUGGUAGAAGGGAAAUAAUAAAGUUAUAA